UCUCUGUCAGAAAUAAAUAAACAUUAAAAAAAUUUUUAAAAAAACAAAAGAAUACAGUCAUCUUAGUUCCUUGGGCUUCCAGAGCAAAUUACUGUAGCCUAUAAAACAACAGACAUUUCUCAAAGUUCUGGAGGCUGGAAGUCCAAAUUAGGGUGCCAGCAUGGUCAGGGCAAGGCCCCCUUCAGGUUGCAGACUUCUUGCUGUGACCUCACGUGGUGUAAGGAGUGAGAAAGCUCUGUGGGAGUCUCUUCUUACAAGGGCACUAAUCCCAUCAUGAGGACUCCAGACUCAUGACUUUCGCCCUUCCCAAAGGCCUCACCUCCUAACACCAUCCUACUGGGCAUUAGGAUUUCACCAUAUGAAUGUUGAAAGGACACAAAUCUUCAGAUUGUUGUAAAAAUACUGUGUGAUAGUAUAACACAUACUAUGUGAUAUGCUUUUUUUUUUUUAACUUGGUAAUGUGUGAAGGUCAUCUAGGUAGAGAUCCUUUGUUUUUGUGCUUUUCUAGGACUCCCCCUGCCAGGUAGGAAUCUUUUCCUUUGCCCUCUCCACCCACCUCUGUUUCUCACUCGUGUUGACAGCCUGGUUGUUUGGAGUUAGUCUAAUCGAAUGAGAUAACACUUGGUCCAGCGGCAUCUGACUCUGCGCCCAGUGGUUCUGAGCACUGUCUCCUCUUGAGGCCCACAGAGGAGGGAUGUGAUCUUCCUGUUUUACGGGUGAGGACAAAGCACACACAUACCCUUCAUGGCCCUGGAGUCAUUGCUUCUGAAAGAGGAACAUUUUGGACAUGCUCUCUGUGUCCCACGGUGUCAUUUCCCUGUCGUCUAUCUAGCACAACCUAAAUCUUUCUCUUAGUGGGUCUGUGACCUGUGUGUGGAAGGACUGUGGGUUGGCAGUCACACCAUCCUCAUCCAUUCCAGCGGAGUUCCCACUGUCUAAUGGUAUGUCUGGUUCAUCUACAUAACUGUUAGGUGGCUUUUCUGAGACAGGGUGUAGAGUAUGGUGUCGUCGAUUUUUUAAUUUCAUUCACUUACUCAGCAAACAUUGGCCUGAUGGCUGCUUUGCUGAGACAGGAAGGGAGAAGGAGGACUGGGCAAGGCAGAGGCCCUCAAGAUAAGGGGUCAGGAAGGGCCUCAAUGAGAAGGUGAUUGUGGCCAAGCACCAGCUAAAGGGAGGGAGCCUCCCUGGCAGAGGGGAGGUUCAAGCAGGGUUCUGAGCAGCCUCAUAGCCAUAGAGGGGCCAGGAAGUUAGUUGAAGCCAAGGACAGUCGCUAUUCCCAUGGAAGGCAGAUGCAUGACCCUGCUGUAACAGGGCCAGGUUCUGGGUGCACUAGGAGAGUGGAUUUGGAGUAGACUGUGAAAGAAUGAGGAGGAAAGGUAGUUUCAGGAUCAGGUCUUGGGUAGAGGUGCCCAGACCAAGCUGGGGGCAGAAAUAGGAGCCUAGUGUUAGAUGUUAAGUAUCUGAGAUGCCAAAGAACAUCUCCAUGAAGAUGUUGAGUUGGAGGGAAGGGGAUUGCCAGUUCACCUGCACCAAAAAGGAGACCCUAGGCUCCACUGAACAUUCAGGCUCGUAGGAUAACCAUGGCCAGUGCCAGAUAUGUGCAGGAUGUGGGGCAGGAAGAAGCACGGGCAGGAGCAGGAGUUGGUCUGGCUUAAGGCCUUAUGGCCACAUGUGCCACAUGCCUCCUGUGUCAUCUGUACCCACUGGGAAGGCCCUGAAUGAGGUUCCUAUUGGUGUUUAUCGUUGGAUCCUGGCCUAGUUGCAGUGGGGCCAUAGUGCCAAUGACUACUUCUGCCAGGUUCCCAUAGGACCAGAGCUGUAUUAUACAUGAAGGUCAAAUUCUCAAACAGGUGAGGAUGGCUGGAGGCCUUGGCUGAGGGAGCAAUGUCCAGGAGACUUGGUAGAGACCAACUUGCAGGAGCACAAGAGACCAGUGUCAUCCUGUCAACAGGGGGCAAGGAUCUGACCACAUGGAAGUCAUGGGAGACCCUGACCAGGGCCACUUUCUGGUGGGGUGGGGGUACGGAGACCUCUCAUGGAGAGGUAUCUGGACGAGACCAUGGGGAAGAUGACUGACAAUGAGAGAUGGCAAGUCUGUGAGUUGGUCGAGUGGAUGUGGGUGUUGGAUACACUGCCAAGAGGGCAGGAGGUGGAGUGGGUGGUGGAAAUGGCUUCCUCAUCUUUGUUCUGAGAUCUGGUGAGGCAGGCCCACCCUGCCUCACACCCAUUUUUUUCAAAUUUUAUUCUUAAUCUGUUAUCCACCAUCUAUCGUUCAUGUGAAUUCAAGGUAGUUUUACUCCGUUAAAAGGCACCUGUUGGAAUCCUAAUUAGAGUUGCACUGACACAAGCACACACAGAUUUGGGGGGAAUGGACAUUCUUGGUGAAUAAGUCUACCAUUGUGUUCCGCAGAGGCAGCUGCAGUUGGGAGUUCAGGAUUUGUAUUCCCAAAAGUUGUCCAUGCAAACUUACACAUACAUCUGAUAUUCUACAAAGAAAUCAAACAAACAGAUGAAGCACCCUGUUUGUUGAGGUACCUGCUGAGCUGCAUGCAUGAGAAGGUUGAUCACCAUCUUGUACCAUUUUUCCUAGAGUGAUCUGCCCACUUGGCUUCUGUGUCCCUGUUACAGACACCCUUUGGCACUCCAAAAGAUGUGAACCCCAUUCCCCCAUUAGGAGAGCCUUUGGUCCCCCUUUUUUUCCCCCGUAUUUUGAGUAUGAUAGACAUCUCAGCUUAAUUUAGCCUGAUAAGCCCCCAGAACCCGCUCACCCCCAGGCCUCCACAUCAGGUGUUCAGACCAGAUCCCUGGGUGACUCUGUACUUAGUCCUCCAGAAUCAACCAUUUGUCCUGCCUCCGUUCCCAGUCCCUGGUGGAGCCACCACCAGGCUGAUGACCCCAGCCUCAGUGGAGCAUCAGGGCAACUGGGGCACAACCACAUGAGACUGAGGCGUCAGUGGGGCCACAGGAGUUACGGUCAAGCCAAGCAUGCCGGACCUGGAGUGAGGCCCCCACAGGAGUGUGGACCUUGAGGAAAGCCUGUCUUCACUGGGAGAUUGUCUGUGGAGGCAGCCUGGCCUGGCACCCACACCAGACCUGAUGAACAUUUCACACCUAUGUGAAUGCUCUGGCAUGGGCCCUUGUGCCUAGACUGUGGGCCUGAGCAGGUGCCUCAGAGUCCUUGCUAGCUCCCUAGCUGAUCAUAAAGACCCCAGGUCUGGAGAGCAAAACCUUGUGGCUGGGCCCAUGGGAAGAGUUCACAGUGGGGGCUGGACUCCCUCAGAACUCAAGGGUCUGUGGGGGCAAGGGUGGGCCCCUCAUGUGCUCCCUCCUCUUCCUCAGCCCCACAGGCUCCUCUGACUUCCACCUUCCUUGGAAACCUCAAGGGAUCACGCGAUGGCAGCAGCCAGGCUCCUACCACCACCAGCAGGACCCCAACCCCUGUCAUUCCAGGCCAAGGUGACCUUUGAGGAUGUGGCUGUGCUCCUCUCCCAGGAGGAGUGGGACCGCCUGGGCCCUGCUCAGCGGGGCCUCUACCGACACGUGAUGAUGGAGACUUAUGGCAACGUGGUGUCACUGGGACUUCCAGGAUCAAAGCCCAACGUGAUCUGUCAGCUGGAGCGAGGAGAAGAGCCAUGGGUCCUGGAUGGGCAAGGGGCUGAGGAGACUGGGGGCUUGGGCAUUGGCCAUUCAGAUAACUCCAAACGUGACCACAUGGCAGCUUGUAGGCAGCAAGACAGUUCACCCUGUCCAUGGGAAUAUGAAAACAAGGGAGAGAACCAAAAUAGGGACGUGAGUCGGAAGCCAUUUAUUUCAGAGGAAAUAUCGGUGAUCCUGGGGAAAGCACCCAAAGGAUGGAUUGAUCAAAAAAGUUAUGAACCUGAGCAGAGUUUCUGUGUGAGUCCAAGCCCUGUUGGCCCACCUGAAGUUCAGGUCUUGAGCCAGAGUGUGCCUCUCUCUCAGAAUCAGGCUGUUCCUAGUGGGGAGAGACCCUACAAGUGCACCGAGUGUGGGAAAUGCUUUGGUCGGAGCUCCCAUCUCCUCCAGCAUCAGAGAACACACACUGGAGAGAAGCCCUAUGUGUGUGGUGUGUGUGGGAAGGCCUUCAGCCAGAGCUCUGUCCUCAGUAAACAUAGGAGAAUCCACACUGGCGAGAAGCCCUACGAGUGUAACGAAUGCGGAAAGGCCUUUCGAGUGAGCUCAGAUCUUGCUCAGCAUCACAAGAUACACACGGGAGAGAAGCCACAUGAGUGUCUUGAGUGUCGGAAGUCAUUCACUCAGCUCUCGCAUCUUAUUCAGCACCAGCGGAUCCACACGGGAGAAAGACCCUACGUGUGCCCACUGUGCGGGAAGGCGUUCAACCACAGCACCGUCCUGCGCAGCCACCAGCGGGUGCACACCGGGGAGAAGCCACACGAGUGCGCACAGUGCGGCCGUGCCUUCAGCGUGAAGAGGACGCUCCUCCAGCACCAGCGGGUGCACACCGGGGAGAAGCCCUACACCUGCAGUGAGUGCGGCCGGGCCUUCAGCGACCGCUCCGUCCUCAUCCAGCACCACAACGUGCACACUGGGGAGAAGCCCUACGAGUGCGGCGAGUGUGGGAAGGCCUUCAGCCACCGCUCCACACUGAUGAACCACGAGCGCAUCCACACGGAGGAGAAGCCCUACGGGUGCUAUGCGUGCGGGAAGGCCUUCGUGCAGCACUCUCACCUGACCCAGCACCAGCGGGUGCACACCGGGGAGAAGCCCUACGUGUGCGGCGAGUGUGGACACGCCUUCAGCGCCCGCAGGUCUCUGGUCCAGCACGAGAGGAUCCACACAGGCGAGAGGCCCUUCCGCUGUGCACAGUGUGGCAAGGCCUUCAGCCUAAAAGCAACACUGAUCGUGCACCUGCGGACCCACACUGGGGAGCGGCCGUACGAGUGCAGCCGCUGCGGCAAGGCCUUCAGCCAGUACUCCGUGCUCAUCCAGCACCAGAGGAUCCACACGGGCGAGAGGCCCUACGAGUGCGGGGAGUGCGGGCGCGCCUUCAACCAGCACGGUCACCUGAUCCAGCACCAGAAGGUGCACAGGAAGCUGUGACCUCCUCUGCCACUAGGAGAACUCCCCUCCCCCGCCCCCCUCAGCCCAGGAGAAGGUUCUGGUAGCUCCGUGGGAUGCCAUUGUUUGGUCAUUUAGUGUCACAAGUAACUCCAAAGAGAAGCACUGAGCAUGUUCCUAUGGAAGAAUGACAGAGCAUGCCUGUUUUGUUUUUCUCCACAUCUUGAAGUUAUAUUGAAGAGUAAAUGACACAACUAUGGUAAAUUUUGGUAAAGACACCCAUAAUUCUUUAACAUUAGAAAGUUUAUUGGAAGAAACUGAAGGAAUUGAAGACAUAAGGAUUACUAUCACAAUGAAACUUUCUUACAUUCUAAAUAAAGAUUUUGCUUAGAAUAUUACAUGCCUUUCCUAAAAACAGUAACUAUUCUAAUUAUUCCCUCUAAAAUUAGAAUUGGAUUAUGUGCAGUAUUCUGUGAAAACACUAAAGUGUGUGGAUAAAAUGAUAUAAAAAAAGAUUGUCAUCAAGUAUAAUGUAAUAUGGCUAGAAAUGCUAAGUGUGUGGAACCACUUGUUUUGUAUGAAAAAAAGAAAAAGUCUAAAUAUUAGUGAGAAAACACUUCAUCUGGUGUUUGAACUUUAUUCAAGAUGAGAAGGGAUGUCCUAACUUUUUAGUGAAAAUUCAACUCAAAAAUGAAUGUUUGCCUCAAAACCCACCCUUAUGACUUACAGACCUUACGCUCUGGAACUCAUAGGAUGUCUUGGGUCUCUGGACCCCAUGUGGGUAGGAAGGGAGCUUUGCCCUCAGAGCCCAGACCUUAUAGCUGCUACACCAGCUGGGUGCCUCUUUACACAUUGUGGUGUUUCCCAAAAAAGUUUUACUGAAAAGACCGUUCUUUGAUACAUAUUUUUUAUGAUCUAAAAUUUUCAUUCCUGUGUUUGAGGUUUUUAUUUUUUUACGUGCCAAGAAGACUCUGGUAUACAUUAUCAUAUACUAAAAUGAAUCCAUUUUAUUCAUAAUUUUUAAGUUCUCUCUCUCUCUCAAGCUUCUCAGAAGAAAUGAAGGACUAGAGUUGAUCCUCAAGGGCACGGCAACACACUGGCACUGAUAAAAGCUCCUUUUCCCCUCGCUGUGAUACUGCUGAGAAGAUAACAUCACAGGUGAAACUCUGGAAGUUGAAGUAGCUGGUGUUACCUCAGCAAGGAGAUAGGCUCCUUCUGAAAGGGACUGAUGUCACUAACAUGUACUGCAGAGCAGUUGGGGUCACUAAGGCGUAUGUUAGGAGAUGAGCUCACUGAGGUGUCCCUUCACUGGAGUAGAGAUCACACGGGUGUUUCUUCAGAGAUGGCUGAAAUCCCCAAGGAGAGACUGUAGUGGAGUCUAAGGUCAUGGGGCAAUUCAGAGGAGCUGAUCACUGGGUGGUUACUUCAGAGGAGAGAGCAAUAGUGUCACUUCAGGGAAGCUGAAGUCCCUCAGAUGUUACUGCAGACAGUAGCUGAAAUCACUAAGAUGAAACUCCAGAUCAAUAGAGUUCACAGAAGCAUUACUUAAGAGAGGAGCUGAGACCAGUGAGGUGCUAGCUCAUAAAUUCCCACAGAGGGAAGCUUCCGCCCCGUGCUGGUUGAGUUCCUAGCUGGCAUCUGACUCAGUGGCUGCCCCUCAGAGCCCACCACUACCCGGGGUACAAUUCCUAAUCAUGUGGAAGAGUUAGAAUUCUUAAGAAAUAGGCAUAUUCCAGUCAAGAUGAGAACAGGAGUUCAGUUAAAUACAAUGUACAGAAAUACUUGUUUGGGAAGAUGCUGUGUAUCACAGGACAACAUAAAUUACACAGUACAGAUCGUUCUGGAUCACUAAAUCCAAAUAAUCUAGGGUUUUCAGGGGGGCCAAAAUGUAUAGUUGGCUUUUUUACCUUCUUAAGUGAACUUAAUAUUCUGCCUUUGCUUGCUAUCAGCCGCCAUUGACCCACUGGUGAGUAUAAGGCUCAAGUGUCUCUGCAGCUGGGAGGUGGCUUCAGUGCCCUUCUCCCUGGGGAGGAUGCCUGGGCCAUGCAUUUUUGCCACUCACCUCUCCAAGGACCAGGAGGUAGUAUAUAACCUGCCAGAACAUAUGGUCAGUCUCCCUUUUUUGGAAGUGGUAUCAGGCACCAGAAUGACUUUGGGGUCCUUUCACCCUGUUAAUUGCCAUUACCUCCCACCUCUGACUGGUUAACAGUAUUUCACACUUACUUUGGAUUUUUUUUACUUUUAUUUACAAGUUUUUCCAUUUUAUGCAUUUAAAUUCUUAUUUCUCCUUACUGCUACCAAGAAUUUAACAGUUCUCAAGUUUUCUGUUACUUAGAAAACACCUGGAACUUUAUUUCUGUGUACUGUGUAUAAUCAGACAUAUUUUCCAAUAAAAAAAGAAAUGACUAGAACACCUA